AUGAGCGCAUUAACCCUAGCAUUCGCCGGGUCCCUUGCGUAUUGUUUGCUCAGCCGGAAAGAAAAUGCGGUUACCGUCCAAGAAAACGGAGUUGGUCGACUACCAUUUAUGGGAUACAAUACGUGGAACGCUUAUCACUGCGAUAUCGACGAGUCCAUUAUCCUCGAGACAGCUCGCCUCAUGAAGGCUCUUGGACUCUCGGAUGCUGGUUAUGACCACGUUAACAUUGAUGAUUGUUAUUCUGAGAGGAACCGGAGUGCAUCGGGCGAUAUCGUCGCCAAUAAACAAACUUUUCCUUCUGGGAUGAAUAGUCUGACAAACAAAAUUCACAAACUUGGGCUGAAGGCAGGGAUAUAUAGCGAUUCUGGGUGGUUCACUUGCCAACUCUACCCUGGUUCUUACCUGAACGAAGAAAGAGAUAUCAAGACUUUUCAAGAUUGGGGGUUCGACCUCUUGAAAUAUGAUAAUUGUGCUGUCCCCUUUGACGAGGUUAUCAAAGAGGGCAUCGUGGGCAAAUACACCCGCAUGUCGAAUGCGAUUGCAAAACUCAGCAAAGAAUCUGGAAAGCCGCCCAUUCUUUUCUCUUUAUGCGAAUGGGGACGUGAAGAACCUUGGCUUUGGGCUCGACGUCUUGGACAAAGCUGGAGGACCACUGGCGAUAUAGAACCCAACUGGAAUGCAAUCGCGAGCAUUUUAAAUGAGAAUUCAUUCUAUUCUUGGGCCUCCGACUUCUAUGGCCACAAUGACAUGGAUAUUCUUGAAGUGGGCAAUGGUGAUCUCACAUUUGAAGAAUCUAAAUCGCACUUCACCGCUUGGGCUUUUAUGAAGUCUCCUCUUCUAGUUGGAACGGAACUUUCAAAAGUGACUCAGCAGACUCUCGAUAUCCUCAAAAACCACGAAAUCAUCGCUAUUAAUCAAGACCCAGUUGUGGGCACAGCGAUCACGCCUUUUAGAUGGGGUAUCAACCCUGACUGGACACACAAUCGAACCCACCCUGCGCAAUACUGGAGCGGUGAAAGUCAAAACGGAACUAUUUUCAUGCUCUUGAAUGUUUUGAACGAGCCCGCUGACUUGUUUUUCUCCUUGACGGAAUCUCCCUGGAUACGUGCUGGGAGGCAAUAUGCAGUUCGGGAUCUUUGGAGUCAUACAGACAAUGGUACGGCCGUCCGAAACCUUACUGUACACAAUGUCCCUCCCCAUGGCGUGGUUGCGUUGCUACUCAAGGAUGCCGGGGAUGAGCCAAGUGGAACGCAGCCACCUUGUGCUAGGCCUGAAUGGUGCAUGGACGAAGAUGGCAGACGAGCUGAUUAUGACUGA